ACCGAUGGUUCUACAAAAAUCCUUCCUGAGAACGUUCCACCAAAAACUGAGAAUGUUUCAGUGGAUGAUAACAAAGAAAACCUAGCACCACCACAUUUGUCUCCCCAUUCGAAACGAUUAAAAUAUCAAGAAGAACACAAGAAGACAGUCGAAUUUUCCCUUAAUUCAGAUUGCCCCUCAACUGCUGCCAAGCCUGAGAAAUUCUUCAAACUUCAAGAAAAGAACCCAAUUUUCAAUAGGCGACCACUUAAAAAUACCGGUCCUCCCAUCUUUCUCUAUGAUAGUAACAUUAUUUACGAAGCAGCAAAGCAUUAUAAAAUCGAAAAUCAACGCAGAGAAGUCCUUAGAGAAAGGCUCUCACAAAAGUUAGGACCUAUAAUCCUACAGCAAUAUGAUGGAAAACAUAUAUGUGAUGGAGUAGCUAUAACCAAAGUUUCAAGAUUAUAUAUUGGCUAUCAAUUGUUUCUCGAAGUGAAGAACGAGAUUGGUUCGGGAGGAAGUGACCCCACUAUUCAAGCCGCCAUUUAUUAUCGAGAUCACUGGGCUCAAUCUAUUUCUAGUCCAGUUUGA